UGCGGAGGAGAAAACGGCACGCGCCCUUCGUGUAGAAGAGAAGCGGCCGCAGGUGGUGAUGGACAGGAGCACACUGGCGAGGCAGGUGGAGAGUGUGGAGAGAAGCAUCAUAUUCCUGCGGCAGGAGCAGCUGACACUGCUGCAUGGCUUACACCUGGAGAUCCUGUCCUUGCAGAAACGCUGCACAGAACUGACCCAUGAGCUGAAUUUAAAGCCUCCUGGCAAAAGUGAAGCAGAGGUACUUGAGGAAGAGGAACUGCUGGAGGCGCGUUGUCAGGCCGUGGAGAGUAGACUACAGGAGCAGGAGCACUCUCAGGAAGAACUACGUGAGGAGCUGAGCCACAAGGGGGUGCUGGUGGGAGCUCUGAGGGCAAGCCUGAAGGAGAAAGAGCGGCGCUUCCUGGAGGAGCUCAAGCAGCGCAGCCACAGGAGCACUGGGCUGAACGGCGAGCUACAGAAGCAGACCAAGACUGCCGCGUACCUGUCAUUUCAGCUGCACGCUGCCAGGCAAAAGCUGCAGCUACAACAACAACAGCAGCAGCAGCAGCAGCAUCGCAGGAGACGGGAACUGGUUGGGACAGAGACUCUGUCUUCCCUCAGCCCGUCUCAGAACGAUAACUUCACUACACCUACGGUCAAACCGAAAAGGCGCAGUGGUAUCAGGGCGUGCUCACACCUGCGUGCCGAGCGGGCCAGGGAGUGUGUUCCUCGUGAGAGGGUGAUUGGUCCUGAGGAGCCCAUGGCCAUGCCUGACCCUGCACUCUUCCUCCACCCACGCAGACCGGCAGCGACUCGACCGUUUCAGCAUCACACACAAACACUUCGGGGGGCAGAGGGUGGAGAGGAGCCAGACGAAACAGAUCAGGGAGACUCAGCCAGCAGGCUGGUUGCCACAGUCCCCGUAAAAACAGCAGCUACUGCUGAAGGCAAAGCGAAGUGACCGUGCUGUCCUGCAAAAACUGGCCUGCUUCUUUCUUUACCUCUUAUCACUGACUACAUUGGCACUGGUAGACAUGUUUUUAUUAUAUUCGCUUUAUAAUUUUCUUGUUUGUUUUCUUAGCCGUAAAUUCAAAGAAAGACAAUAACGGCCAGCGGUCUGGCCGCAGUACACAGCACCGCUGUGUGGUUUUGCCUUGCCUUAGGAAGGACAGCCAUAGGGCAGCUCAUAGUUGUCCACAUGGUGGGGUGCCUCUGUGUCUUGGCUGUUUGUUACUAACGUGCUCUUGCUCUUGGGUGCAGCAGAUUGUCAGGUUUUGUUGUAUUUAGGAAGGUUUUCUUGUUAUACAGUAUGAUCUUGGUUAUUCUACAUAAUAUUUCCACACUUCUUUCAAGCAAGUGCACUGCAGUGAGUGCACAUAUGAAAAGACCUGCUUUUUCAUGACCAUAUUUCGGUCUUCCGACAAAAACAAGAACCAGUUGUUUUAUCAGUACAGCUGUGUAUAAUAGUAGAGAUUUGGGAGCUGUUUCCUGUAGAUUGAGGCUCAGGGGUUACUUAGUGUAGAGAGUUUGAGGGUCUGUGGGUUUGUAGAUAGUAUAAGCUUUAGGAGAAUCAAGUAAGGAAUCGUAUUUUAAUCGUGUUAGGAAUCACUGGUUUGCUUCGAAUCUGUUUAAAAACCCGGAUAUUAACGCUAGUAUUUUAGGAAUAUUUCACAUUUGGUGACAAGUGGUCUUGGAUUGAUGACUCAGCAGUUUUGUGCAUCCGUUAGUGACAAACAACCUCAGACCCAUCUUAAAUGACCCACAAACAAACCGUUCUCAGAC